AACCUGCUCAGCAUGAUCAUCUUAUCUCGACUUGGACUCAAGAGCAGCAUGUGGGUUGGAGGGUUCGCUCUUUCUCUCACAGAUUUUAUUGUAACUACCUUACAAAUCGCCGUUAGCUGUUGUUAUAUUCUAAAUUACGUCUACCCAGAAAGCGACGUAGACAUGGUGAUGUUGGGAGUUUUUGCUCUUGGUUCCAUCCGGUAUGCCGGGUUCUACAUCUCAAUGUGGAUAACCACGGUCAUUUCAGUAGAAAGGUGUUUCUGUGUUGUGUUCCCGUUUAAAGUCAAGCGUUUAUUUACUCGAUCCCGUUGUGUCUUCGCCAUAGUGGUGAUAUAUUGCGUCUAUUUCAGUCUUAUAUUACCGGUAUACAUCUUUGAGAAAAUAGCUUGGAUUGACAUAUAUUCAAUACAAAACAAUGUUACUGUAAAAAAGAAAUUGCUGACGGCCAUUUACAGUGAAGAGUCUUUGAAUUUAGAGAUUAUUAUCGACACAAUUGGUGCAGUCGCACUCUCUGUAACAUCUCAAGCUAUCCUCAUCGUGUGCACUAUUUGGAUGACUUGUGCACUGAAGGCGUCUUCAAACAUCAGACAAAAUAAAGAGAGUCUCUAUGAUCCCAACAAAUCUGCAUUUAAAAUAAAGACAUCGGAGCUUUCCACCCGUGAAAGGAAGCUGAUUAAAGUGGUCAUCGGCCUUGCUUUUGUGCUGACCUUUUGUAACAUUCCCAGGUACGGGGUCCUUGCUGCCUACCUGUCUAUACCAGGCUUGACUGGCGAGGAGUACAAGCAUCUGGGUGCCUUCAUGUGGGACAUAUCCGACUUCUUCGGCACUCUUAACUGCUCCAGCAACUUUUUCGUUUAUUGGUUUGUGAACAGCCAUUUCAGAAACAGUUUGAAACAGUUGUUUAGAUUAGGGCCCACAGAAAGACAAUAG